AUGUCCCCCGCAACGACCGCACUGCGUCGCGCUGCGCUCGCACGUCCGCGUUCCUACGCAGCCACGUUCGCGACGUCUUCAUCCCACCGUGCGCUCGCUCGUCAGUGUAUGUGGCGCCAUCCGUUGGCGCGUCGUAGUCGUGACCGCUUCAGCGCUUUGUACUCGACGGACAGCAGCGUGUCGACCAAUGAACUGGUGACGGUCGGGGAAGGGGACAAUGCGCCAAUCUGCCCGCACGUCUUGGCCCUACCUGCUCGUCGUCCAUUUUUUCCAGGCAUCGUGUUGCCCAUGACGAUAGCAAAUCCAGAGGUUACACGGGCUCUCUUGGCUCUCAAGGAGAGUGGACAAAAGUACGUUGGCGUGUUCCUCAAACGGUCCAGCGGAGAUCCGUUGAAAGAUAGCGGAGGGGAUGACCUGGUCCGAGAUUUGAGUGAACUGCACCACGUUGGGAGCUUUGCACGCAUUGACAAUCUGCUGCCUUUUGAUACGAAUUCAGUACAAGUGUUGAUGGUGUCUCAACGUCGGAUCGCAAUUGAAGGCAUUCGAGAUGAAGGUCCGCCUCUUCGAGUGAAGAUUAGUGCCUUGGAGAACCCACCGUUUGACCCCAAGAGCAAAUUAGUUCGAGCGUACUCGAACGAGAUUGUGGCUACAUUGAGAGAAAUCGUGAAGAUGAACCCGCUGUUCAAGGACCACAUGCAGUACUUCUCGCAACGGAUCGAUAUCCACAAUCCGUACAAGUUGGCAGACUUUGCGGCUUCUGUGACGUCGGCAGAUGGUGACGAGUUGCAGCAGGUGAUGGAAGAAGUGUCAUGCGAAGGCAGGUUGAAGAAAGCGCUAGAACUGAUUACGAAGGAACUGGAGCUGAGUAAAGUGCAGCAAAUCAUCAAAGAACAAGUGGAGGAGAAGGUGUCGAAGAAUCAGCGCAAUUACUUGCUGAUGGAACAACUGAAGGCGAUCAAGAAGGAGCUUGGCAUGGAAAAGGACGACAAGGAUGCUAUGAUUACAAAGUACCGCGAACGCCUCGCUGGGUUUGCCACAGGUAGCAUUCCGGACGACGUUAACGAAGUCGUGGAAGACGAGUUGAACAAAAUGUCUAUGUUGGAGAAGAACUCUUCCGAGUUCAACGUCACACGUAACUACCUGGACUGGCUUACUCAGUUGCCAUGGGGCAAAGCUACUGAAGAGAACUUCGAUCUUGCCAAAGCAAAGCAAAUCUUGAACGAGGACCAUUAUGGACUGAUGGAUAUCAAAGAGCGAGUUCUGGAGUUUGUUGCUGUUUCCAAGCUGAAAGGUGAUGUCCAGGGCAAGAUCAUCUGUUUUGUCGGUCCCCCUGGCGUGGGUAAAACGAGCAUUGGCAAAUCCAUCGCUCGGUCGUUGAACCGCGAGUUUUUCCGCUUCUCGGUCGGCGGUCUCAGUGACGUUGCCGAAAUUAAGGGUCACCGUCGUACGUACGUUGGUGCGAUGCCUGGCAAAAUUAUCCAGUGCUUGAAGUCUACCCAGAGCUCGAACCCACUGAUCUUGAUUGAUGAGAUUGACAAGCUAGGGCGUGGAUAUCAGGGUGACCCGGCGUCAGCUUUGCUGGAGCUAUUGGAUCCAUCUCAGAAUAGUGGCUUUGUUGACCACUAUAUGGAUGUGCCGGUUGAUCUGUCUCGUGUCCUUUUCAUCUGUACUGCAAAUGUUACCGACACGAUCCCCGCCCCAUUGCUAGAUCGAAUGGAGGUUUUGCGUUUGUCGGGUUACGACUCGCCGGAAAAGCUAGCGAUUGCGAGGGGAUACCUUGUGCCGAAAGCCCGUGAAAAAACGGGCUUGGAGAAGUCAGAAACAACGCCAGAAUCUUUGGGUUUGACUGACGACGCAAUUAUGGCACUAGUAAAGCAAUACUGUCGCGAAAGCGGUGUCCGCAAUUUAGAGAAGCACGUGGAAAAGAUUUUUCGCAAGGUCGCUCUUGAGGUCGUUGAAGAUAUAGAGAGCGCUCAGGCUACUGAGACCCAAGAGGCUGGCGAAUUGACUACUGGAGCUACAAAGGAAGCGGUAAACGAGACUGAUCGCUUCCUCAUCACGCCUGAAAAGCUGUCAAAAUACGUUGGCAAACCUGUUUUCACAUCUGACCGCAUGUUUGACAGACAGUUUCCAGGUGUUGUAAUGGGACUUGCUUGGACAGCUAUGGGCGGAGCAUCGCUCUAUAUCGAGACAAGUAGUGUUCGCACCAAGGGUGACCGACCGGGUCUUAUCACUACAGGCCAGAUGGGAUCGGUGAUGGAGGAGAGUACCAAGAUUGCGCACACAUUUGCUCGCAGCAAGAUACACACUAUUGACCCUGAGAACAAAUUCUUUGAGGAGAAUGAAGUGCAUUUGCACGUCCCGGAGGGAGCUACGCCUAAGGAUGGGCCGUCUGCUGGUUGCACCAUGGUGACAGCAUUGCUCUCUCUCGCCAUGAACAAGACUGUGAGACCUGACCUUGCCAUGACGGGAGAGCUUUCGCUUGUGGGUAAGGUUCUACCCGUCGGUGGCAUUAAGGAGAAGACCAUCGCUGCUAAGCGAUCAGGCGUGAAUACGCUCAUUCUGCCGCUCGGUAACAAGCGUGACUUUGAUGAGCUUGACGAGUACUUACGGAAGGAUCUUGUUGUGCAUUUUGCCGAUUACUACGACGACGUGUACAGGGCUGCUUUUGAGCAGUAG